UACAUCCGGUAGCGAUGGAGGAGGAGGCCUCCGGGUCUCGCUCCGAAGCCGCCCAGGCGCCCCGGUCUCCGUCAGGGGUGGCCGAGGAGGAGGAGGAGGUAUCCCCCCGUGAGUGGAGCGAGGCGCAAUUCCGGCACUACGGCUUCGCCACGCGGCCCAUCGCCCGCCUGCGCCACGGAGACCCCCGCGCCGAGGAACUGCUGGAGAAGGAGGAGCCGGUGGUGCUCACUGACACCAACCUGGUUUUUCCUGCCUUGAAAUGGGAUCUGGAUUACCUUCAUGACAACAUUGGGAGUGGGGACUUCUCGGUGUACCGAGCCAGCACCCACAAAUUCCUGUACUACGAUGAGAAGAAGAUGGCAAAUGUGAAAAACUUCAAACCAAAGUCCAGCAGGGAGGAGAUGAAGUUCAGGGAUUUCAUGGCACAACUCCAGGAAAUCGAGCAGCAGGGAAGCGGAGAAAGGCUAUAUCUCCAGCAGACCUUAAAUGACACAGUUGGAAGGAAAAUUGUGGUAGAUUUCCUGGGCUUUAAUUGGAAUUGGAUUAAAAGACAGCAGAUGAAGCGAGGCUGGGGUCAGCUGACAUCCAACUUACUACUGAUUGGCAUGGAAGGAAAUGUGACACCAGCUCACUACGAUGAACAGCAGAAUUUCUUUGCUCAGAUUAAAGGAUACAAACGGUGUAUUCUAUUUUCACCAGACCAGUUUGAAUGCCUUUAUCCUUAUCCUGUGCACCAUCCAUGUGACCGGCAAAGCCAGGUGAGUUGACAACUAGGCCAAAUAGCAUUUUUUUUUGCCAAAGACCUCAAAGCAUAACUUUUAAUACUGGUU